AUGCCUUCUCUACGCCAGAUUCUUCCUGUUCUCGCCGUUGCCGCCUCUGUGGAGGCUGCUAUGGGCCCAUCUUUCAGCACCGGCCCAGUUGGCGGUAAUUCUUGGAUUCGCGAGUCCACAUCCACUCUGAUUUUACCAAAAUCCCCUAAGAUCAACAACGACAGCAUAGCCUCUCUCUGGGUCGGCAUGGGCACUUCCAACGGUGAUCUGAUCCAGUCCAUCGCCGACAGCACGAACAGAGAUGAAUGGAGCAUCUAUGCAUACACACUCUUGAGCCUCUCAGCAAACACUCAGAUGCCCGUCCAGACCGCCGGCACUGACGCUGCUGAAGGCGAUAAGAUCACCAUGCACUACAAGUUCGAUGAUGCGACCGGCAACUACACCCAAUAUGUUUUCAUCAACAAUAAGAAGCUGCCGACACUCAGCACCAGCGAUGGCCAUGCUCAGGGCUGGGGUAGCGCGGUUGAAUGUCCCGAGAACGACUGCGGUACCAUGCCUGCCCACAAGUGGAUCAACACAGUCAUCACUCUCGAUUCUGCCGACCCGAAUUACGACCAGACUUUGAGCAAGGGCCAAGGCGUUAGUGGUGAUAUGUCCACAAACGAUGGUGGUGUUACCUGGAAGGUCACCGACAUUAACAUUCCCAAGUUCACCUUCGGCCAGUAA